AUGUGCGAUAUUAACGAUAAUCCUAUAAAACUAAGUGUUAAGUGGAAUGGCAAGGAGUACGAAAUACCAGAAUUUUCACCGUCGGAUUCCGUCGCGAUGUUGAAAGUUGCGAUCGAAAAUGCCACGGGCGUCCGGCCCGAACGACAAAAACUCCUAAAUGUUAAAUUUCAGGGCAAAGUAGCAACGGACAACUGCACAUUAUCAGACCUGCAGUUAAAGCCAAACCUGAAGAUCAUGAUGAUGGGGUCCCUGGAAGAAGCCAUAGCCGGGGCGCAGACCAGGCCGGAUGUUGGAGACGAGGUGGUGAAUGACUUGGAUGUCGAGGAGGAAGAGGUGGAUGUAGAGAACCAGGAGGUGUACUUGUCGAAGAUAAACAAGCGAGUGCGGGAUUAUAAGAUAAAUGUGCUGAAUGAACCGCGAGAAGGGAAGAAAUUACUAGUUCUUGAUAUUGACUACACGCUGUUUGAUCAUCGCUCUGUCGCUGAAACAGGUUACGAGUUGAUGCGUCCCUACCUCCACGAGUUCCUAACUUCGGCAUAUGAGGAUUAUGACAUAGUGAUCUGGUCGGCCACGGGGAUGAAAUGGAUCGAGGAGAAGAUGAGACUGCUUGGGGUCUCCACGCACCAGGACUAUAAGAUCAUGUUCUACCUGGAUUAUCUAGCUAUGAUCACUGUGCAUACUGCUAAAUAUGGCACUAUAGAUGUAAAACCUCUAGGCGUAAUAUGGGGCAAAUACCCCCAAUAUAGUUCGAAAAACACGAUAAUGUUCGACGACAUUAGGAGAAACUUCAUAAUGAAUCCGAAAAGCGGGCUCAAAAUCCGGCCAUUUAGGCAGGCGCAUCUAAAUAGGGACCGGGAUCGAGAGCUCCUGCACCUUUCUACGUACCUUAAGGACAUAGCCCAAUAUUGUGAAGAUUUCGACCAAUUAAACCAUAAAAAGUGGGAGAAAUACAAGCCUGACAAGAACAGGUCCCAACAGGCUGGCAGUAAGAGGAAAGCUGAAGAUAGUGCCCCGACCACACCCAAAGAAUGA